CGACGUUGUAACGUAGUGACGUCGUCAUAGAAGCUGGCGCCAUUAGUAUCCCUAUACGAAAGAUACAGCGUAUCUGAGCAUUCUUGUUCAAGAAAGAGACUUCAAAAUGGACCGCCAUUUUGAUAGGUCACAUACAAGAGCAAGAGAGAAAUUUCCCCCAAUUCCUCCUGGAAGAACCUCUUUAUCUUCCAGUACAGAGACUGUGGCACCAGAGAGGCCCCUCAGUAGUAUACAGAGAAAGCAAUCAAUCAGACAGACACCUUUCCCUCCACUGACAGAGAAUACCAAACGUCAGAGGCCAAACAGUGGGAGGACAUCUACUUCUCCUAAUGAGGAAAUCAAACGCCAGAGGCCCGGCAGUGGCCAAAAACUGACUGCAGUGCAUGAAGUCAAACCAAGGUCAGAACAAUCAUGUGUAUCAGCUGAGCUGAAGGAAAAGGCAACAAAGUCUUGCUCUAAAAUGGAAUUAUUGCAAAAGCAGACAAAUAGAAACAUAGAGAAGCUGAAAUCUUUCUCAGUACAACAAUUGGGCAACGAAUUUACACCAUCUCCAAACCUUAGCUCCUGCUUCUCAGAAUCGGCCGCCAACCGCCCUCCAACUCCUUUGGUUGUUGACGUCAAAGCCGAAAGGAAACGAAAAAGGCGGGAAAAGAAAGAAAGAGAAGCCAAGAAGAUGGAAGAGGCAAGAAAAAAAGAGCAAGACAAAUUAGAAGCUGAGAGAAUGAUGGCAGAACUUUCAAGAAACAGAUCAAUGUUCAAUAGGAACAAAAGCACUCUGCCAGCCAUCGGUAGAAAGACAGCAGAGGCAAAUUUUCACAUCGGAAAAUUGCCAAGGAUCCAAGAGCACGAGAUUACCGGUCCGUCUUUGCCAGACAACAAUGUUGUAGACGUCAUCAAGAAACACGAGGCACAAGUCCGCAUUACCGCCUUCCUGAGAGAGAUCAGUCAAGAUUAUAUGAAUGCAAGCGCCGAACUGAUUGAGCCUUACACCUCGAACGGGGCCAUUGACGUCAUCGAGAAGCACGAAGAAGAAGUUGGCAGAACGUACGCCAUGUAUACCGGAAACUACCCAACAGGAAGUAGUUAUUCUACCAACAGCGUCUGCCAACCAGCGUCCGCAAGAUCUAGAUGCUCCUCUGGAGUAUCUAGGCGGGGCGCAGCUUGAUCACUUACCAUUUGUCAUGCAUGCUCACUUUUUUUAUUUUUCUCCAUUUUUAGACCCAAUAAUGACAAAUAAACAACAUAAUUUAUCUAAAUACUCCAAAAAUUACCAUAUUAACAAUAACCUUAAACGGAAAAUUAAUUCACUAGAUAGCUUUUAUUAAAAUCUUAAUACAUGCGUAUUUUGCAGAAAAAAAGUUUCGUAGUCAGACACAGAUAAUCCAAAUCAGUAAAGUCAAAUCAAAGGUAUGUUUAUUUUUUUAUUUUUGACAUAAGCGGGAAAGGUGGUUUUAUAUGAAAUGAAGAAAACUUUCGGAUGCAUAGUAUUAUAUCUGAAAAUGUUUUGAUAAGAUAUGUACCAAAAUGUAGUAUUUCUUUUAUCUAAGUGGGGAAAAGGUUACACAAUUUGUUUCCUUCAUAGGUCAAGGGAUUAAAUGGACACUUCCAGGAUGCGCUUUUUUUCUUCCAAGUUUCUUGAAGUUAAACUGACUGCAUCCAGGAUGUUACAUUUACUUUCCCUGAUAAAAAGACUUUUAAUAUGCACACUUUCUCUUUUUUUCUGUCGCGUUAUAAUACAGUCGAAUUUAUACAUUCGUGUGAGAAGUUAUUGAAAGGUAUGGAAACAUCCAGGAUGCGCUUUUUUGCUUCCAAGUUUCUUGAAGUAAAAUUGAUUGCAUUCAGGACGUUAUAUCCAUCUCCCUUUAAUAAAACAACUUUCUACAUUUUUUUCAUGAUAUUACGUAUUAAGUACACCUAGUGACUAAAACUGGAUAUUUCACCCAGAUAUAUUUUGGGCCCAUAAAAAUGACAACGCGAUCGUCGCAGUAUGAAAAAGGACGGAAAAAAACUGCAUGAAACACUCAAGGUAGUAAAAUGAUGUGGCAACUUAUUAUGGCUUACAAAAGAAAGCCCAAUUAAAUACUACAACAUCAUGUUUUUGUUAUAUUGAAGUAAUAAAAUCAAUCAAUUUUAGGACGUAAUUACCAUCAUAAAAUAUCGUUGAUUCAAAGCAAGUAUAGGUUGGUCAUGAAGUAUGAAAAAAACAACAACAAGAAAAUCACUUAAAAGAUAAAAAGUUUAAAAAAAAAUACAAAAUACGAAAAAAAUUUAAAAAAAAGAUAAAAAAUGUGUCUGACCUUACCCCUAUGCUUGCACUCAUGAUUGAAAUUUAUCAAAUUUAGAACUUUUUUAGCUACCUAAAAUUUCUUUUAUAUCUAAAUACAAGGAUAGUUAAAGGUCUUGAGUAAAAAAAGAGAAUAAGAAGAUAAAAAAGAUUUGAAAAUCAACAAAAAAAAUCAAAAAAAUCUUUCGACCUUAAACUUUCCUUGUACGAAAUUUUCAAAACUUUCCUUAUACUAGUAUGUAAAAUCAAAUUGUGUGUUUUUUUGUACGAAAUUACUUCGCCAUAUCAUUUUUCACCUAAGCUGUGUGGUUUUGAUACUGCUUCCUCCAUGUAUGAUUUCCAUCGAGACGAUUGUAUAAGCGUCGAGCGUCCGAUAUCCGCCACCAUAGUAUUAUAAAAUGUUUGUACUGAGCAAGGGAACGAAUUUUGAACUUUGGCUUUUUCCUUUAAAAUUUCUAUCUCCGCACAUCACCCCACAUCCUACAAAGCAAUCGCGUUUUUCCCAUGAGUAAUGUAUUCAUACAACGUAAACUAUAAAAGUUUUCUUUAAGUUGACAUUUAUAUCUAUUACAAAACGAUUAACCUGUUUCAUUUUACAAAUUCCAAAACAUAACUUAUUCAGUUUAUGAUUUUCACUCUUUUCCCCAAAGUUCUAUUUUGCUACUAUAAUAAAAUAGAUGAUAUUCUAAUGCCUGACUGCGAAACACACACCAGUUUCUAAAUUUUAUCACAGUUUCUUGUGGGCAUGCAUGGCAUCCAUGAUGUAAAGGAAUCAUCUACUUAUUAAUUAUUAAAAUUUAUGUUUAA